AUGAAAUCUUUAUUCUUACUUGGUCUUUUAGUUACUUUAGUUUCUUGCACCGGAAACGUCUACAUCAACGAAAAAAGCAUUGCUUGCAUUUCCUAAAUUCCUUUCCCCUAGGAAGCUGUUAAUGCCCUUUUAUCAACUCCCAACUGCAACUCUUUCUACACUACUCUCACCACUGAAACCUCUUUAUUGAAGAAAGUCAACUUCAUUACUUUGAGCCUCUGCCUUGCUGAAUUAAAGUCUGUCCCUGAUGCUGCUGGUCUUGUUAUCCACACUAUUGUUGAUAAGAUCCACGAAUGCACCAAUAUUCGUUUAUAAUCUGGCUCUGAACACAACUUAAGAGGUUGA